AGUAGCAGGAGUUCAGUGAAGAAAAGAAAGUAACUGAGUGUUUGCAUUCGUGAAUACUGCUUCUUUAAUAAAUUUUAUGACUAGAAAUAUAUUUUUAUUUUAAAAAUAUCAACUUCAUCAAACAAGAUAUGGACGAAGAUGUUUUUGACGAAUCCAAUCUAUUCACAUCGUUUGAAUCUCUGCAAGGCAACGAUGAAAGUGUGCCAUUGUUAAGUCGAACGAAAGAGGUGCAAAAUGGUGAACUGGACUCUUUAAAGAGGGAAAAUAUGUUAUUAAAGCGACUCGUACGAAAAAUCGGUUUUAAUCCAAGCGAAGAUGAACCUCUUGCAAGCAUUUUGUACUACAAUGGCGCCUAUUCAAAACAGGGAGAACUGGAGGAUUUUAUUAGACAUGUUAUUGGAAGGUCAGCCUCCAAGUCAGGUGUAUCUAGUCAGUCAUCAUUUAGUGGGAAGAACGUAUUGAGUGAUGGAUUCGCUGCAGGACUUGGACGGAUCUCUGACUAUAGCAAAUUAGACCAAGGAGAGUUUGUGUAUGACAUAGAAGAUCUACCUGUGGGAUGCAUUCAAUAUUUUCCUCACUUUUGCUUGGAUAAAUCUGGGUCAGAUUUGUUGAGAAUAUUUCCAUCACCUCCUCAUUUUGAUCGGGUUUAUUUCAAGACCUUGCCAGAGGAAACAGGGAGUAAAGCCUCCCAAAGAAGGAAAGUUGUAUGUUUUAAUUGCGAUGGCGACCACCGGUUGAAUGAUUGUCCUAAGCGUAGAGACCUUGCAAGGAUCAGUAUGAAAAGAAAGGAAUUUAUGGAAGGGAGAGUUAACGAGUCUCGUUAUCAUGAAGACAAUAAGAAAGCUGAACAAUACCAACAUUUAAAGCCAGGGAAAAUAAGCAGCGGAUUACGAAAAGCAUUGAACAUGCUUGAAUCUGAUCUUCCACCAUUUGUAUAUCGUAUGAGAAUGCUUGGAUACCCACCUGCUUGGUUGCCAGGUAGCCAUGAUUCUGGUAUUGUGAUGUAUGGAAAAGAGGGGGAAGAGGAAAAGGAUAACAAAAGUGAUCACUUGGACCAGGAGUAUGUCCACUUUCCUGGAUUUAAUGUUCCAAUGCCAAGAGAAUGUCGAGAUCUGGCUCAAGAGGUUCGUUUGCCACAUAUUCAGCAUCAACAUCUGUUAGAUGUGAAGCCAGAAGAUUGUCCAUCUUGGUCAGUUAUUGAAAAUAGCAAACGUAAACAUUCUGAUGACGCAUCAGGUCAUGAUAGCAAGAGAGCGAAGACUUCCCCUGAAAAUGAUAUGGAAAUUGAAGAUGAGGAGGAUGUACCUGGAAGCACCAGCAUUAUUGAAAUUAAACAACGCUUAAACUCUGGGGCUCAGGAAAAUAAGUCUUCACUAGUUCUUGACCUUGAAGAUGGUGAAAUAGCAGAUAGUCCACGGCAACAUGGCAUGGUUGAGCGAUGGUGGACGAAAGAGCCUUUGGUGAUGCAUUCAAAAAAAGGUAAACAAGAGAUUACACCACCACCCUACCCCCUCAGACCUCUCCCAUUACACAAGAUAUCUCAGAUUCUGCCAGGAGAGAUGAAUCACAUUUCAUUUGAAGACCGAAGUCGUUGGUUAGAUCCUAUUUUUGGUAACUUGCAAGUAAGAACUGGCCGGUUUGAUAAAUUGAAAACAAUUUUAGCAUCUCGUGAAAAUAAAAGAAAAUCAUUGUAAGAGGUUGAGUGGACUGUUGCGUAUCUCUAGUUAGUUGUUAGCAUUGUUUCUAUAGAAAAGAGAUUUCCUCAUUUUAUUCUUUGGGCCAGAGAAACAAAAUAAUAGAAUGCUGCCUUCAAUUCUGAGUUUUUGUCUGUCACACUUUCAGUAGAUCUGCAUGAGUAAUAAUAGUUGCUUAUCUGAAACUGAAUUGUCUUGUGUUCAAGUCUGAAUAUCUUAUGCUUUUUACAAGGAAUAACAAAAGUCUAUGUCGCCUACCAAGAGAGUCUCAGUAUUCUAUUAUUUCUUAUCUCAAUGGCCAGACUUGAUGUAAUAUGAAAUAACUCCACAUUAGUUUUAAAGUC